AUGAUAAGAAAAAAAAUGCUCAACUUCCAUUUUCUGUUCAUAACGGUAUUAGUAGCGCUAGCAAAUUAUACCCCCGUCGAUUACCAAAAUACGUGCAUGAUUAGCAAGAGCUGUCGAAAAAACUCAUGCGGCAUUACCUCUCGCGUGCUAAGUGGAAUUCAUGUAAACAAAACGAGUGCUAGGGCCAAGGCGCUGAUCAGCCUAUCCUCCCUGAUAUACCACCUGCAGUUACCAAAACUUGUCAGCCUUGACUUGUUUCGAAGGGACCUGUUCACAGGUGUCAAGCAGAAGGGGAAGAGGUCGCCCGUACCCUCGUACAUUAUUCAAAACAGAUUGAUGAGUGAGAACGGCGAUAGCGGCAGCACCAACAUGAGCGUAACGGCAAACCAGGAGAAGAAGAGACCCGGAACGGGGGACGCAUCAGAAGGCAACAACCAAAGUGGCAUUAGCGCAGCUGCACAGGACAAGCGCAUGAAGGGAGGUGACCAGAGCGAAGAAGUCUCGAACGUAUCCGGCUCGACCAACGCCGCAAUGACCAAUGGAGCGAGCUCGACCACGGAAGGAGGUGACAAUAACAAUAAUGGAAGCGGAAAUGAUGGAAAGAACGAGCCGAAGAUACACUACAGGAAGGAUUACAAACCAAGUGGAUUUGUCAUCGACAAUGUGACUCUGAACAUUAACAUAUUUGACAAUGAAACGUCUGUGAGGUCCACUUUAGAUAUGAAGCUCAGCGAACAUUACGGAGGAGAAGAUCUCAUAUUCGAUGGUGUCAGUUUAGAAAUUAAAGAAAUAUCGAUUGACAAUAAUAAGCUGAUGGAGGGAGAACACUACAAGUAUGAUAAUGAAUUUCUGACCAUCUAUUCGAAGUUUAUUCCAAAGGGGAAAUUCACCUUCGGAUCUGAAGUUAUCAUCCACCCAGAAACGAAUUAUGCUUUGACCGGUUUGUACAAAUCGAAGAAUAUUAUCGUUUCCCAGUGUGAAGCCACCGGGUUUAGAAGAAUCACCUUCUUCAUCGACAGACCAGAUAUGAUGGCCAAGUACGAUGUAACGAUUACCGCAGAUAAGGAGAAGUACCCCGUACUCCUGAGCAAUGGUGAUAAGCUAAACGAAUUUGAAAUUCCGGGAGGAAGACACGGAGCGAGAUUUAACGAUCCCUACUUGAAGCCAUGUUACCUAUUCGCUGUAGUCGCUGGAGAUUUGAAGCACUUAAGUGAUAAUUACGUCACCAAGUUUUCCAAAAAAAAUGUAGAGUUGUAUGUUUUCAGUGAGGAGAAAUACGUUUCCAAGUUGAAAUGGGCCCUGGAGUGCCUAAAGAAAGCCAUGAAAUUUGACGAGGAUUAUUUUGGACUGGAAUACGAUUUAUCGCGACUUAAUCUCGUAGCUGUGUCCGACUUCAAUGUGGGGGCCAUGGAGAACAAGGGACUUAACAUUUUUAACGCGAACUCGUUGCUAGCGUCUAAGAAGAAGUCCAUCGACUUUUCCUUCGAAAGAAUCUUAACUGUUGUUGGCCACGAGUACUUCCACAACUACACCGGAAAUAGAGUUACCUUGAGGGACUGGUUCCAGCUGACUCUUAAGGAAGGGCUGACUGUGCAUAGGGAAAACCUCUUCUCCGAGCAGACCACCAAAACGGCCACCUUCCGCCUGGACCACGUAGAUAUACUAAGAAGCGUCCAAUUUUUGGAAGACUCAUCCCCACUGGCACACCCCAUCAGACCAGAAUCGUAUGUCAGCAUGGAAAACUUCUACACCACCACUGUGUAUGAUAAAGGAAGUGAAGUCAUGAGGAUGUACCAAACCAUUUUAGGAGACGAGUAUUACAAGAAGGGUAUGGAUAUAUACAUUAAGAAGAACGACGGAGGCACAGCCACCUGUGAAGAUUUCAACGAUGCAAUGAAUGAGGCGUACAAAAUGAAAAAAGGAGACAAAACAGCCAACCUGGAUCAGUACCUCUUAUGGUUCUCUCAAAGUGGAACUCCACAUGUAACUGCAGAAUAUUCCUACGAUGCGGGCAAGAAAGAAUUCGUAAUUGAAGUUACGCAGGUCACCAACCCAGAUCCAAACCAGAAGGAAAAGAAGGCCCUCUUCAUCCCCAUUAGAGUUGGUUUCAUUAACCCGAAAAAUGGACAAGACGUCAUUCCGGAAGUUACCCUAGAGUUUAAGAAAGACAAGGAGAAAUUCAUUUUUAACAAUGUGAAUGAGAAGCCAAUUCCGUCACUUUUCCGUGGAUUCAGCGCACCUGUAUAUAUUAAGGAUAACCUGACCGAUUCUGAGAGGAUCCUACUCUUGAAAUACGAUACUGACGCAUUUGUACGAUACAACGUAUGUGUAGAUCUGUAUAUGAAGCAAAUUCUGAAGAACUAUCAAGAGUUGUUGCAAGCCAAAAGUGAGAACAAACAAGAGUCUGCCGAAAAACCAAGCUUAACCCCCGUAAGUGAAGACUUCAUUAAUGCUAUAAAGUACCUGAUGGAAGAUCCUCAUGCAGAUGCGGGUUUCAAAUCGUACAUAAUAACUCUCCCAAGGGACAGAUUCAUCUUAAACUAUAUUAAAAAUGUAGACACAGACGUUCUGGCAGAUACCAAAGAUUUCAUUUACAAGCAGUUGGGUGAUAAACUGAAUGAUCUGUACUUCCAGAUGUUUAAGUCUCUGCAAGCUAAGGCAGAUGACAUGACCCAUUUUGAAGACGAAUCUUACGUCGAUUUUGAGCAGCUGAACAUGAGAAAGUUAAGAAACACCCUGUUGACUCUGUUAAGUAGGGCAAAAUACCCAAAUAUGCUGGACCAAAUUAUGGAACAUUCCAAAUCGCCUUAUCCUUCCAAUUGGCUAGCCAGCUUAGCUGUCUCUGCAUACUACGACAAGUAUUUCGACUUGUACGAAAAGACCUACAACCAAUCCAAGGAUGAUGAGUUGCUUCUUCAAGAAUGGUUAAAGACUGUUUCCAGAUCGGACAGAAAAGAUAUUUAUGACAUUAUUAAGAAGCUAGAAACGGAAGUGCUCAAGGAUAGUAAGAACCCCAAUGAAAUCAGAGCCGUCUACCUCCCCUUCACUUACAACUUAAGAUACUUCAAUGACAUUUCUGGAAAGGGAUACAAAAUGAUGGCAGAUAUCAUCAUGAAGGUCGAUAAGUUCAACCCCAUGGUGGCCACGCAACUGUGUGACCCCUUCAAGUUGUGGAACAAGCUGGACCAGAAGCGACAGGACAUGAUGCUCAACGAGAUGAACCGCAUGCUCUCCAUGGAAAACAUCUCCAACAAUUUGAAGGAGUACCUGCUCAGGCUCACCAACAAGUUGUGAAGGAAGCGGCCAAGUGAGCACCUGCACGUAUGAGCAUCUGUACACCUGCACAUGUGCGCAUCUGCUCGCCCGCAUGCUGACCAGCGAAGUUGAUUCUUCGUGAGAGCGCCGGGCCAAGGAAAAAAAAACAAUAUAUAUAUAUAAUCAUUUAAGCGCACAGACGUGUAACCACCCAAACGUGUAACCACCCAAACGUGUAACCACCCAAACGUGUAACCACCCAAACGUGUAACCACCCAAACGUGUAACCACCCAAACGUGUAACCACCCAAACAUGUUACCACCCAAACGUGUAACCACACAACCGUGUAACCACACAACCGUGUAACCGCACAACCGUGUAACCGCACAACCGUGUAACCACACAAACACACCUGCAAUUGCACGCGCGAACAUGCGUGCGAACAAACAUGAGUACAACCACUCCUGCACACGCCGCGCCCCCUUUUUCCACCGGGCGCCCGGCUGUGCACGCCACCCAGGAGGGUAAACAAAAACACGAACAUAUCUAAAAGAGC